AUGGGUCUGACUCAUGUCUACCACAAGUCAAUUGCAACUUUCUUCAGAGCCAUCGUUCGCCCUCUACUCCAUCUGAAUCCCAAUCCCGAUGAAGUCAUUUCCAUUCCGUCUCGGGAUGCGGGUCGAGUGAUCAAAGCAUAUGUCUACAAGCCCACAGGGCAGGACUACAAGCUCCCACGACCUGUUCUGAUCAAUUUUUGCGGCAGUGGCUACGUGCUUCCUUCAUUCGGGUCAGACGAUGAAUACUGCCGCUUCAUCGCAGAUAGAACCGAAUUUAUCGUCAUCGACGUGCAGUAUCGACUUGCGCCCGAGAAUCCAUUCCCGGCCGCGGUCAACGACGCCGAAGAUGUCGCAGCAUGGGUGCAGUCACUACCGGAUCAAUUUGACGCUUCCAGAAUUGCACUAUCGGGAUUCAGUGCGGGUGGAAAUAUCGCUCUAGCACUCUCGUGCUCAUAUUCAUCCAAGGAGCCUCAACGCGACAAUGUCUUUCGCACGGUGAUGUCGUUCUACGGCUCCGUCAAUAUGAGUAUACCAACGACCAAGAAACUCGUCGCAGAUAAAUCAAGUUUUGUCAUGUGCAAGCUGUUCCCCAUUUUCUCACAUUUGUGCCACAAAUGUCUCGAUUUCUCGGUCACGGACGCAAAGGAUCCUCGCUUGUCACCAAUAUUCGCGGAGCCCAGCUCGUUCCCCAAGAAUGUUUUGAUCAUUACUGCCGCCCAGUGCCCAUUUACCAUUGAGGCUGAAGAACUAGCCGAAAGGCUUCGAAAGUCGGGCGAGACACGUGUAUCAAGUAGACGAAUGGAGGGAUGUUCACAUGGCUGGGACAAGGGCACCAAGGAAGGAACGCAUGAAGCAAAGGCAAAGGAUGAAGCCUAUGAGAUAUCGGCAGCUUUUUUGCUUGAGAGUGUGAGAUAA